GCACACCAUGGACGGCCCGCUGAAGGAGCUAGCGAAGCUGGAGAAGCUGGCUUCCAAUGCCUCGGCGAAGGGGAAGGCGCCGAAUAUCAACGACUCGCUUGAUGCGCUGCUGCACUCGCUACGUGAGGUGAAAGACCGCCUGCAGGUCGGCUCGGCGACGGAGGACACGCUGAGCAUCCUUGCGAGGACCGUCGAGGGGAAGAAGAAGGAGGUGGACGAGCGGCAGAAGGAAGUGUACAAUACGCUCAACAGGCUGGGCAAGACGCUCGACAAGAAAUUCUCCUCACCAUUACCGUCAUAUCCGCCCCUCUUUGCGUCGCCAGAGGCUGUAUCCGCGCUAGAGCGGACAGUUGCGCUGCACUUUCUCCGGACUGGUCAGUUCAACACUGCCGAGGCGUUCAUUGAGGAAGUCGGAAUGGACGUUGACGCAGAGACGCGAGGCAGAUUUGUAGACCUCCAUCAUACGUUAACCGCAUUGAGGCAGCGGGACAUCCGAGCGGCAUUGGUGUGGACAGAACAGAACCGCGACUUCCUCCGCGCACGCUCGUCAUCACUAGAGUUCUUCCUCCACCGCUCGCAGUACAUCAACCUGCUCCUGGCCACGCACCCUCCCGACGUCGCGUCAGCCCUGUCCUACGCCAAGGCCGCAUUCCCUCCGUUCUCGUCAACGCAUGAGCAGGAGAUACGCCGCCUGAUGACGUGUGUGCUCUACCUUCCCCUCGCGCGUCUGCAGGCAUCGCCAUACGCCGACCUCGCGUCGCCCUCGCUGCACCUCGACCUGGAGCCCAUGUUUGCGAAGGAGUAUUGCGCGAGCCUUGGGAUGAGCAGGCAAGUCCCGUUACGGGUGGUCGGCGACAUCGGUGGCGGGGGCGCCCUGGCGCGGAUCGAGAAGGGACGCAGGGUCAUGCGGGAACGCAAGAGCGAGUGGAGUCGCACGGACGAGUUGCCAAUUGAGAUACCGCUACCACCGCAGAACCGCUACCAUUCAAUCUUCGCGUGCCCAGUUUCGAAGGAGCAGUCCACCGAUCAGAAUCCGCCCAUGAUGAUGACUUGCGGCCACGUUAUCACCAAAGACAGCUUGCACAAGCUCAGCAAGAACUCUCAACGUGUCAAGUGCCCGUAUUGUCCUGUAGAAUCGCAGCUGGCGGCUGCCCUGAGGGUGUACUUCUGAUCGACGUCAAGUUGGAAGUGUAUUUUUUGCAUUGUACUGAUAUCCCAAACAUUCCCGUGUACCACCAUUAGCCACAGCAUCGUGUACGACAGAUAUUGUAAAUGACUCAUCAGGCUUC